AUGGAAGACCUCAAGACUUUAGUAAUUUAGUCGCUUGAAAAUGAAGGUACUCUCUCCUCUUUGCGAACAUAGCUCAGAGCUCGAGUUUAUAAGGCUAUUGAAAAACAAAUGGAGCCAGGCUCUAAGUCAAGUAGCAGCAAUCAAUAGCAGCAAAUGCAAAAUGUGCCUGCUUAAAAGGUUCAUGAGUCAGAGGAGGGUAAGCUACUUGCUCAACUUGUCAGAGAAUACCUAGAAUUCUAUAGAAUGGAGUACUCUCUCUCAGUAUAUUUGCCUGAGGUAGCAUUAUCAAACCAAGAGAACCCAUAAAGAGAGGAUCUUUGCAAAAAAGCCUCAUUGAAACCACCCUAGGCAUAGGAGUCCUCAGCUCCUCUGCUUGUUCAUCUAAUCAGAUAACUCAGGCAAAUUCAAUCAUAACCUUUAGAAUAAAAUGAUAAUAAGGAACCUAUUUAGAUUUUGUAAAAGGAUCAAAAGCUUACAAACAACAAAAUUGAGUUUCCAGGUCAAAAUCAAAAUAAGCGCAAUGACUUCUAUGAUGAAAUCGACGAGGAUAUCUUGGAGGAAGUAGAUGAUAAACAUCAUUAAAAUAUAUUCCACAAUAGAGAUGAAUAUGAAGGUGUUGGAGCUAGUUCUAGUCUGGGCAUAGAUUAAAGUAUAGAUACUCUUAGGAUGGAUGAAUACGACUAUGUUGAGCAGAUCAAAUAUUACAAAGAUUGA